CGGCCAUAAUCAGCACUACAUUGACUUAUAAGAACAACAGCAGCGAUAUAUAUAUAUAUAGGUUCAGACCGCUAGAUGCACUUAUACUAACACCCUGUCGAAUACGAUAGCAAACUACCAGAAUUACAAAAAGAACAACACAGCAACUGCUUGCUUACGUCCGUCCGUCCGAGCGGACGAACACAGUUUUUAGUUGAGUGUGUUAGUUAGUGUGAAGAAAAUAUACAAAUAUAUUUGAUAUUUGUGAAGUGAUUAUUUAAAGCCAUGGACACAGAUUCGGAGCCGGAUCACAAUGCUGACAACUUUACAGAUGAGGGCACAGAGGUCCUUCUUAAUGAAAAUGAACACAAAGAAUCAAAUAAAAUGCUGUCCAAGAAAUAUGUUAUUCCAACCCUCGUAUUGGUGGGCGUUUUGGUGUUGGCAGCUGUUGUUGCUGUCACUGUCUACUUUGGAUUAAAGAAUGCAAAUGGAGAUGAAACCCCAACAGACCCGUGUCCCGAUCUUACUGGAACAUUCAUAGAUACAGCCAUUGCUUCCGAUGCACAUUCAAACUGUGCAGAAAUCGGGGUAGAUAUUCUCAGACAAAAUGGAACUGCUGUUGAUGCUGCCAUUGCCACCAUCUUAUGUGUUGGUUUAAUUAAUUUCCAGAGUUGUGGAAUUGGUGGAGGUCAUGUGAUGACAGUCUAUAUAAGGAAAGAUAAGAAUUUCACAUCCAUACUUGGACGAGAGGUUGCACCAGGAUUUGCUACAGAGGACAUGUAUGAUCAUGGAGCUUCUUCUAGAUAUGUCUCUGUCGCUAAACCACUGAAUUUUCUGUGGAACAACGAGACGAAUGACUGGUUCAAAGCAGGGGAGAUAAUAAAAAACCCGAAACUUGGAGACACACUGGAGAAGAUCGCAGAGGGUGGUGUGGAUGCUUUCUACGACAGCAGUUUAACGAAGGACAUAGUGGCUGACAUUAAAGACAGCGGUGGCAACAUCACAUUAGAAGAUUUGAAAAAUUACACAGCCCGAGUAGAGAAUGCUGUCCAUUUUACUUUGUCCAGUGGCCACACGAUCUAUUCCACCCGACUGCCAUCCAGUGGACCAGUACUGCUCUAUAUAUUGAAUAUCCUCGAUGGUUACAAUUACACCGUGAACAAAAUCAACGACAAGGACAAGGCCACUGCCUACCAUCGUAUGAUUGAGGCAUUCAAGUUUGCCUAUGCUGCCAGGUCCAGGAUGGGAGAUAAGGAAUUUGUGGCCAAUAUGACUGAGCUUGUACAGAACAUUACAGAUCGAGGUUAUGGCGAUGAAAUUCGGAGUCGCAUCAAUGACUCAAGGACAUUUAACUAUUCCUAUUAUGGUCCAGCAUUCACAAUCCGUGACUAUAUCGGAACUUCCCAUCUCUGUCUUCUGGGGCCCAAUGGUGAUGCUGUCUCCAUGACAAGCACAGUCAACUCAUAUUUCGGUUCCAAAGUGUUGGGCAAACGUACUGGAAUUGUCUUCAAUGAUGAGAUGGAUGACUUCUCCACUCCAAAUAAAACAAAUGAGUUUGGGAUUCCAUCAUCAAAGACCAACUACAUUGCCCCAGGCAAGAUGCCUAUGUCCUCAAUGUCACCAGCCAUCAUCGUUGAUCAAAACGGGGACGUCAUAAGUGUCCUUGGUGCUUCUGGUGGAAGUCGUAUAACAACAGGCACCGCAUACGUCUUUGCUGAGUCUAUGUGGUUCAAUAAAUCAUUAGCAAAGAGUAUCAGUUUCCCACGACUACAUCAUCAAUUGAUCCCACCAUACAUAGAGAUGGAGAAGAAUUUCCCUCAGGACAUCACAGAGAAACUGAAAGAGAUGGGGCACAAAAUACAUAAGAUAAGUAUUGCCAACAGCCGUGUCCAAGGCAUACUGGUCAAAGACAAGAUACACGCAGCAGCUGACCGACGCAAAUGUGGCUCCGUAGAUGGAUGGUAACUGCAAUAACCAUCUCCUCUGGUGCCUCCACAUAUGAUCAUCUCGUACCUCCUCCUCCACCACAUUCUUCUCCUCCUGACUCAACAUAUUCUUUCUCUUACCUACUCCUCCUCCCUCUUGUUCUUCAAUGUUUCCCCCCAACCAUCUUCAUUACUUCACUCUUUCUUUCCCACUCACCUCAUUCGUCUCUUUCCUGUAUAAUUCUAUCACUCGCCCCACUUUCUUCCCACCUCUCUCUCUCUCUCUCUCUCUCUCUCACACACACACACACAGGUGUAAAAUUGAUUUUCUGGAGUCUUUGAUUCUAAAGUCUUUCCACAUUACUGAUUUCUUUCUCCUUUACCAGUGAUGGUCACCUUCGUCAACACACUCUAAAUUAAACAAAUAUUAAAUUUCCUUAAGUAAUUAAACAAAAUACAGGUACUUAUAUAUUUGUAUAUAUCAAGGGUUCUCAACCAUUUUUUAUCUAUAGACCCCUGUGAUUACUAUUUUAAUCUAGUGGACAGCCCCUAGUCAUUCAAUGUUUAAAAACUAGUUUUAUAGAAACUACUUUCAAAAUUCCUAUUGUGUUUUUUGCACAUUAAGUUGUUUAGGUUGAACUGUGCAAAAUGUUAGAGAAAGAAACCUGUUUCAAACAAUACAAACCAAUACACACAUCUAAAGCACAUUUUGUUCAAGGGCCCUUAAAUUACUAUUGGGGAUCCUCAAUUUACUAUUUGCAUAGACUCCCAAAAUCUUAUAUGGGCCCCAGUUGAAAACCACUGGUAUAAAUGAUAAAAGUUUAUCAAGACUACUGUGCAAGGCACUGCGAAACAGGGCUGACUAGUUAACCAAUCUGGUGGAUGUAGGAAUUUGAAGUUCCUACUCAUAGAUUAGUAUGGAAGGCAUCAAGUUCUGGAAGAUCAGUGUUGCACCUUCAACUUUUUAUAUCCGAAAGGUACAUACUGUUAUUUAUAGCUUAAGACCCAAUUCCAAGAAAGAAUUAUUUCAUGUUUUUGAAAGCUGGUAUAAAUGAUGAAAUUCCUAUGAUGUCACCAAUACAUAGUGGAAAUUUGGUUUAUUACAAAUUCAAUUUGUUCCUGGGGGUCAUUUGUCACCUGAAAUGUUUGUAGACUGGGACUAUUUUCCCCAUAGGAAAUUCAAGAGAAGCCAUGGUGAAUUUAUGCAGGGAUGUGUACUGAGCAAAAGCACAGCAACAACUGACUUCUCUUCCAGUGAUGCUUCCCUGCUUGUUGCCCACCAUUAUUGCCAGCUGACGUGUUUGUUACCCCAAGAUACCAUUUGUUACCCCAAGAUGUUCAUCAGCCAAUAUGUCUGUGAUGAGAGGUGUUCGUAAACUGAGGCUCCACUGUGCAUGUGUGUGCGUAUGUCCCUUCUCUCCCUUUCACAAACACACACACACAAACUCAGCCAUUCUUUACCCUUUCGCUCUUCACUGAUUCUUUCAAAAACUCUAAAAACCAAAAUGCCUUACUAACUGUCCAGCAGUGCGAACUACUAUGAGUUUAAACUCCAAGGAACAAUUUAACAAAAUGGUUAACUCUUGUGACUCCCUUUUUUUACACUUUACAACAUUUUGCAAAAAAAUUCUUCUCCAAGUUUGCAGAAAAAAAAAACCUUCAGAUUAUUUUAAUCCAUUUAAAGCUGGUUUUGUGUAGUAUUUUUUUUUAUUUGUAUUUUUUUUAUGCUAUUUCAUCAUUCCUUUGAAAUAUUUUCAUUAAUGCCCGCGAUAUUAAAUUUCCAUGUAAAUUACUGAAAUAUGUGAGGGACUUCUAUAAUGAUAUUACAUUGGGCCCUUGGUGCAUUGUCAGUCAUGUUUCUGUCUGCAGAUAAUACAAUAAAGUUUGUGCCAAUUUUUAAAGGCAAGAAAAAGGUCAAUAAAUACAUGCCAUUACAUUUUUAAUCAACCAAAUAUGAACCAUUUUGUUGCACAAUGCGUCUCUAUCUUUCCUUUAACUUGAAAAUACCCUCUUCCCAGAACUGAGGUGGUUUCAUGGCAAAUAAGUCGAAAGGUAAGCUACUAUAAAUCGGCACGAACUUUCCGGACAACCCAAUGUAUUUAGAGCAGUGAAGAUCAAAGUAACAAUGUGUACAUUUAUUUUUAAUGUUCCUAAAUACAAUAGAAUAUAAAUGGUAUUCACUGCUGGAUUUGGUUUCAGAGAAUGCAUUUCUCUAUAAAAAUUUGGUGUGUAAAAACACGCCCAGCUCCAAACAACAUCAACAGACUACCAGACACCAGUGUUUCAAUGUAAUUUCGCCCCUUCGGUGGUAGACUUUGGUUGUCUGGAGCUAAACAGAAACUUCUGUUCCUCGAUAGAGAACAGCUAACCAAAUAUUUACUAGUAUCUGUUAAAGUUUACCAAACUGGAGUUAGUUCAAUAUAAGCAGAGAAACAAAAGUUACAUUAGUCUAGAUAUAUGGUGAUAAUAUGAACAAGUUAAGAAAGAGAAAGAGCUGACAAUUAAGGGGAGUAAAUAAUUAUGUGAUGUUAUCAACAAAUCAGAUAUCAACAAAUGUGUUUAGGUCACUACUAUUUCGUGAGUGGAAUUUGGUAGAUGAAAACUGUGCAGAAGCCUGUGACAUACACACACAUAUGUGCACAUGUAUACUUGUUUGUGUUUACAAUUAUUCCAGUUUUAAUUCUGGUGAUGGUGUUUUUGCAGUGACUCCUUUAUAUCUCAGAAUUCUUUUUUGUUCCUUCAUUCAUUCAUUAGACAUGUGAUGUUCCAUGCUAGCAAGGGUUAGACAGGGAUGUAUUUGAGGCAGGAUUUUUGCAGCAGGAUGCUCUUCUUGCUGCCAACCCUUAUGCAUUUUUUUUUUUUUGACCAAGUAAGAGAAUUUUGACUCCAGAGGAAUUCGAAAGCACAGAGAUAGCAGAUGAUACAUUGACAGGAAAUGUAAAUUAAUGUUAACAGUUGCUGCCCAGCCACAAAUGGUGAUGCCACCAUCCAUAGCAUGGUUUUCCACAGAUAGUAAGCAUUCACACACACACACACAUACAUGUAUACAUCUGUGUGUGUGUGUACUUAUGUGUAUGUGCAUAUAUAUGUAUAUAUAUAUAUACACACACACACACACAUAUAUACAAUAUACACAUAUGUAUAACGGAUGUUAAUGGAUGAUGAUGAUAUACAUUUAAAUGUGUAUAUAUGUGUGUGUGUGUGUAUGGUGCACAUUAUCUACACACACACACAGACAAUGACCUUUCAUUUUUCUGUCUACUAAAUUGACUCACAAGGCUUUGUUUGGCCAACCUGGCACUAUAAUAGAAAGCACUUUACUUGUUCUGAGUAUCAUACACCCUGACUGAAUACAAAGCCAUGCGGUCAAGCAAUGGACUUAUCAAUAACAACAUCUCCAUACCCUCACCUGGCCAAGACUGUGAAGUAAGUGCUCAGGUGAAACUCUUUGAUACCAGCCCACCUGAGACUUCCCCUGAUUCUAUCACAGAAGCCUCCUGUUUUAAAAGUGAUCUAUAUAAAAACCGCCCAUCAAAAUUUCAGGUUAAUUUGUGUUCCAACCGCUGGAUUAAUAACGACAAGGGUAUUUUGCUAAAUUUAUUAUUUUCAUAUUUAAUUGAAACGAAGGAAGUUUCAACAGAAAUAUGGAAACAAAAGGAAUGACUAUAAAAGGUGGUGGUCACACAUGAGUAAAUGAAACCAGUCGAGAGGUGAAUAAGAAUGUAUAGGUUAUGUUUGCUUGUGUCUAUGCGUGAGUGUGUAAAUACUUUUUUUAUACUCAUACCCAUAUAAACAUAGUGUAUAAUAUAUAAUUGUAUAAAUCCAAAAUUCAAAUAUAUUUUCAAUAAAUUCUCUUUAAAAAUA